GAUAAUAACAAACUUUCUCACCCCCCCCCCCUCUCUUCCCUGUCCUUUCUCUCUCUUGUUCUUCCACUUUCCCAACCCUUCUUUCAAUUUCUAGCUACCAACAGAGUCGAGACACCUCAAUCGAUGCCCAUGGUGUGACAAAGUGGUAUCAGGGCCAUUGUCUUGGCAAUCAUGGCACUGACUCGUGGCACAGUCGACAAGCGUCUUCAGCAAGUUAUGGAAUUCAUGGAUGCUACGGUUCACAAGGAAACAUAUCUGGAAGAUUCGGUUGCGGCACAUGGUUCUAGAGGUGGCAAUUGGAUCGGAUUCGUGGAUUGGAUUGGUGGAUCCAUGGAUCAAAUGGAUUGGAUCCAAUGGAUUGGUGGAUUCAUGGAUUGGAUCAAAUGGAUUGGUGGAUUGAUCCAUGAAUCCAAAUGACAUCCAAGGCUUGGACCAAAAUGUAAAAUUUGAAAAGUUUUGGUACUAAAAUGCCAUAAUGAAAAAUUUUAGGUACCAAAAUGUAAUUUUCCUAUGAUAUUUUCUGUAUAAAAAUAUAAAUUUAGGUACCAAAAUGUAAAAUAUAAAAAAUAUAGGUACCAAAUCGUAAUUUGCCAUUUGGAUCCAUGGAUUGAUCCAUGAAUCCACAAAUCCAAUUGGAUUUGGAUCAGAUGGAUUGGAUUUAAAUGGAUUGGAUUAGAUGGAUAAUUUGGUGGAUGGAUUAGGUUGAAUUCAUGGAUUUGGAUCCUAAUUGCCACCUCUACAUGCUUCUCAACUUCAAGCACUCUCAAUGAAGGCCGACGACCAUUCUCAUCAAUUAACCACCGUUACAACGCGCCUGAACAGGUUAGCUGCACGAUUUGAUGAGCAAUCCGAGCAGCUAGGUCAGGUGCAACGUAAUCUUGAGGACAUCAUCCGAAGUUUGGAUAGAGGCUUCAAUUAGGCAGAGGGCGUUGUUGCCGGUGCGGUGGAGCCGCUGGCAGACCGAAAUGGCGACCGCGGGCUUUUGACCCUGCUCGCUCACGUUCAGAGGGUAGUUGAGCAUGUACUUUGGAAUCAGACACCUCGAGGACAAGCUCCGAUGCAGCGGAGUAGGAUUAGGGGUGGAAAUUGGUACGAUAUCGGUAUCCCAAUACCAAAUAUCGAAAUACCAAAUACCGAAUUACACCCUAAAAUCAAUCCCAAUCCCAAUCCCUAAAUAAUUUCGGUAUUCCAAUCUCCAUCCCUAAAUAUUUUGCUAUCCCAAUCGGUACCUCGAUAUCCCAAUCGGUAUUAUCGAAUACAAAAUUAAUUACCUU